AUGCCGGCGCCUGCCCAGGAUGCUUGUGUCAUGCCGCGGAGUACCCGCCUGGGCCUUGUGGCCGCGUCGGCAGCAGCUGCUGAAUCGUUAACAUUUCCGAUCGACUUUGCCAAGACCCGCAUGCAGCUUAAAGUUGGGAGGCAGACGUUCAUUGAUGCCUUGGCCAAAGCCAUUCGUCAUGAAGGCAUCGGAGCCGUGUAUGCCGGCUUGCCGCCGGCGGUUCUUCGCCACAUCGUUUAUUCCUCUUUGCGCAUUUCGUUCUACGAGGACAUGCGUGCGGGAUUUGCUUCGAAUUUUCCACAGACCAACAGCUCAACGGCCAAAGCAGUUGCCGGAUUGGCGGCUGGUGGUCUGGCGCAGGUUUUCGCUUCCCCGGCGGAUCGGCUCAAGGUCGUUCUCGUCCAAGAGGGACGCCAACAGGGAAUGGUCACGGUUUUCCGUCGCAUCUUGCGGGAGGAAGGUUUCAAGGGCCUUUACCGUGGCGUGUUGCCGAACGUGCAAAGAGCUGCUUUGGUCAAUCUCGGCGAGCUGUCGACAUACGACCAAGCUAAAAGCUUCGUCCUUCAACGAAGUGGCCUACCGGACGGUGUCAUCGUGCACACCUUGGGCGCCUUUUGCUCGGGCUUUGUCGCGUCAGUGUGCGCAACCCCUGCAGAUGUUGUGAAGAGUCGGAUCAUGGCAGGGCAGGCUAGCGGCAUCAUCAGCUGUGUUCGAGAAGCAGUCCGACAAGAGGGAUGGUUCGCAUUAUGGAAAGGCUUUUUCCCAAACUGGGCACGGCUGGGGCCUUGGCAGCUGACUUUCUGGGUGACCUACGAGCAUGCUCGCGGCGCACUAGGAUCUUUUGGGCCACAGGUACCAGCAAGCAGAGCUAGAGAUCUUCGGUAUCGCAUUCCAGCCGCCCACCCCGAGCUCUCCAUCGGCAAGAAGAAGCAAGGCCCCUGGGUUAGAGAAGCCAAGAGCGCGCAAAGGUUCCUUUUCGAAGGCUUCGUGUCCGAGUAUAAGCCCGGAACUCUACAGGUCGGGUCGUUCGUUCGCUUGUCCUACGACCUCUACUAUGCCGAGGACCACUCUAUAGUAGCGGACGGCCACGGAAAGCUGGAGUUCGAGGUGGGGCGGGGAGACGUUUUCCCUGCAGUAGACCGGAAUGUUCGAGGCCUCAAAGUCGGGGACACGAAGGACUUCCCCUUUAUUGGGGACUCCGGCUUCGGCGAGCGCCGUGCCGACUGGGUCGUCGAUUACGACCGAAGCUACUUCGGAGACGUGUCGGUAGGGAUGCCCGUCACGGUUCAAGGCAGCACAGCGGUCGUGGAAGCUGUGACCGAAAGCAGCGUCCGCUUGGACUUCAACCAUCCGCUGGCUGGCAAAAACUUGACCAUGACCGUCCUCGUUCUGGAAUGCCGGGAGAGGACGGCUCCGGGCGUGCGCGUCGAAGUGGUUGUGGCCGGGGACGGCAUCAGAACACCUCAGGACGGCGACAAGGUCAGCAUUAACUGCGAAGGCGCCUUCGCAGAGACAGGCGAGGUCUUCUUCUCCAGCAAGGACUCAGCGGCACCCUUCGUCUUCCGGGUUGGCGCGGGCGAAGUGAUUCCUGGGCUUGAGAUGGGAGUCAUGAAGAUGUCAGUCGGAGAGAAAGCACGGCUUCAUAUUCCGGCAGAUCUGGCCUAUGGCCAGAAAUCGGAUCGUGUGAAGGUGGCAGUUGUGAAGGACGUCAUCUUCGAGGUAGAGCUGCUGGAAAUUCAGCAAGAGAGCUCGGGGCCGUGA